GGGGCCCUUCCACUCCGGUUGCUGCUGCUGGUCGCUCCAGUAACGCCGUUAUCUUUCUCGAAAUAUCGGACUGAUCCAUCAAUCCUUUCUUAAACAAAAACUCACCCACAGGACAAGGGAAGGCCUGCAAACAAUUCUUGAGCUUCCAUUUAAAAUACAAUCUCUCUCUCUCUCUCUCUAUCUCUAUCUCUCUCUAUCCUCUUCAGUUUCUUCUUUGUUACUGGAUCAUUUCUCUUGUUCAGUUUCUUCAUUGGAGCUUGACUUUUGCUUCAGAUUGCUGCCAUUUUAGUGGGGAAUUCGGAAUUCGAGGGAUUUGGGCGCAUCGAUUGGCUAAGCCUUCAUAAAGUUGAGAGUUUGAGAUUGGUUUUUAAGAAAUGGAGCAGCAAAAAAGAGGAGGUCUGGUUUCUCUCUCUCCUGCUCAAACUCCUAGGUCCACAGAGAAAUUGGCUAGAGAUCUGCGAUCUAAUGAUGCCAAUUCGAGUAAGAAUGAGAAGGAUAAAGGCGUCAAUGUUCAGGUUAUUCUGAGAUGCAGGCCUUUGAGUGAGGAUGAGAUGAAGGUGAACACACCUGUGGUGGUGUCGUGUCAUGACCAUAGGCGUGAAGUGUCGGCUAUCCAGAACAUAGCCAAUAAGCAGAUCGAUCGAACAUUUGCAUUUGACAAGGUCUUUGGUCCAAAUUCACAACAAAAGGAUUUGUAUGAUCAAGCAGUUUCUCCUAUAGUGAAUGAGGUUCUCGAAGGCUAUAAUUGUACAAUUUUUGCCUAUGGUCAGACAGGCACUGGGAAAACAUACACUAUGGAAGGAGGUGGGAAGAAAGCCAAGAAUGGAGAAUUCCCAAGUGAUGCAGGUGUUAUCCCCAGAGCUGUGAGGGAAAUUUUUGAUAUAUUGGAAGCACAAAAUGCUGAGUACAACAUGAAAGUUACAUUUCUUGAGCUUUACAAUGAGGAAAUAACUGAUCUGUUGGCCCCAGAUGAUUAUUCAAAGUUUAUAGAUGAUAAGUCAAAGAAACCAAUAGCUCUCAUGGAAGAUGGCAAAGGUGGAGUCUUUGUGAGGGGCUUAGAGGAAGAAAUAGUUUGCACUGCUAAUGAGAUAUAUAAAAUCUUGGAGAAAGGGUCUUCCAAGAGGCGUACAGCUGAAACCCUUCUGAACAAACAGAGCAGCCGCUCCCACUCUAUAUUCUCAAUCACCAUUCAUAUCAAGGAAUGCACUCCUGAGGGUGAAGAGCUAAUCAAGUGUGGAAAGCUUAACCUUGUGGAUCUUGCUGGUUCUGAGAACAUAUCCCGUUCGGGUGCUAGAGAGGGAAGAGCAAGGGAGGCUGGAGAGAUCAAUAAAAGCUUACUUACGCUUGGUCGUGUUAUCAAUGCCCUUGUGGAGCAUUCUGGUCAUAUUCCUUACAGAGAUAGCAAAUUAACAAGGUUAUUGAGGGAUUCCUUGGGAGGGAAAACAAAGACAUGCAUCAUUGCCACCAUAUCGCCUUCAAUUCAUUGUCUGGAAGAGACACUUAGCACAUUAGAUUAUGCACACCGUGCUAAGAAUAUCAAGAACAAACCUGAGAUUAAUCAAAAGAUGAUGAAGUCUGCACUGAUCAAGGAUUUGUAUGGAGAGAUCGACCGCCUCAAGCAAGAGGUAUAUGCUGCAAGGGAGAAGAACGGAAUUUACAUUCCACGUGAUAGGUUCUUACAUGAAGAAGCUGAGAAGAAGGCCAUGGUGGAGAAGAUAGAAAGGAUGGAACUUGAAUCAGAAGCCAAGGACAAGCAACUGAUGGGACUCCAGGAGCUUUACGAUUCUCAGCAACUAUUAACUGCAGAUUUAAGUGACAAGCUUGAAAAAGCCCAGAAAAAACUUGAGGAUACUGAGCAUGCACUCUCAGAGUUAGAAGAAAGAUACCGACAGGCAAAUUGUACGAUCAAAGAAAAAGAAUUUUUAAUAUCUAAUCUCCUUCGAUCAGAAAAGGCACUUGUUGAGCAUGCAAUUGACCUUAGAACAGAAUUGGAAAAUGCAGCCACUGAUGUCUCUGGUUUAUUUGCCAAAAUUGAGCGCAAGGAUAAGAUAGAAACUGGAAACAAAUGUCUUGUUGAAAUAUUCCAGUCUCAAUUAACUCAACAGCUUGACCUCUUGCAUAAGACUGUCGCGGGAUCUGUAAUGCAACAGGAACAACAACUUAAAGGAAUGGAGGAAGACAUGCAAUCAUUUGUUUCUACAAAAUCUGAGGCAACAGAAGUGCUUCAAGUUCGGGUGGGAAAGCUUAAAGACAUGUAUGCCUUUGGUAUUGGAGCUCUAGAUGAUCUGGCAGGCGAACUAGACAAAAAUUCUCAAACAACUUUUGGAAGUCUAAAUUCUGAAGUGUCUAUGCACUCAUCCGCUCUUGAGGAUCUCCUUGGACGGAUUGCUCUGGAGGCUUGCUCGAUACUUGAUGAACUUCAGAGUGGGCUUUCUGAUCAAGAGAGAAGACUGGCCUCCUAUGCACAACAACAGCGAGAGGGAUAUCUCAGAACAAUUGAGACUACACGAUCCAUCUCAAAGAUAACAGUGGACUUCUUCAAUACUCUUGACAUGCAUGCAUCUGAUUUAAGUCACAUUAUUUUUGAAACUCAGGCUGUUCAUGAUCAAAAGUUGUGCGAACUUGAGAAGAAGUUUGAGGAGUCUGCUGCAAAUGAAGAAAGACAACUCUUACAAAAGAUGGCUGAAAUGCUGGCAAGUUCAAGUGCCAGAAAAAAGGAGCUUGUUCAAACUGCAAUCUACAGCCUUCGUGAGGAUGCUGCCAGUAGAACUAGUCAGUUGCAGAAAGGAAUGUCAAGUGUGCAAGAUUUCACAUUAACUGUUAAGGAUCAUUGGACUACAUACAUGGGAAAGACUGAGAAUCACUAUAUUGAGGACACUGCUACAGUGGAAAGUGGAAAGAAAUGCUUGGAGGAAGGUCUUCAACAAUGUGUAACAAAGGCGAGAUCUGCAAGAGAGCAAUGGAAACAUGCACAAGAGUCUCUUUUGGGCCUUGAGAAGGCAAAUGUCAAAUCGGUGGAUUCAAUAGUCAGGAAUGGAAUGGAAGCGAAUCAGGUCUUACGGGCUAGAUUAUCCAUAGCUGCCUCCAAUUCUCUUGAAGAACUUUUACUAGAGAACAAGGGUCUACUGUCCUUCAUUGAUCAUGCCUUGAAGCUUGAUCAUGAUGCCUGUGGCAACAUAGAUGCCACAAUUGCACCAUGUUUCAGUGACUUGAGGGAAUUGAGGAGUGGACAUUAUCACAAGAUUGUCGAAAUAUCCCAACAAGCAGGGAAAUGUCUGCAAGAAGACUACAUAGUGGAUGAACCAUCUUGUACAACUCCAAGAAGAAGAGCUUUCAACUUGCCAAGUGUAGCAUCCAUUGAAGAACUGAGAACCCCUAGUUUUGAAGAGUUGCUUAAGGCUUUCUGGGAGACGAGAUCAGGGAAGCAAGCCAAUGGGGAUGUGAAGCAGUUUUAUGAAGCUCAAGCUUAUUCUCAAGCCUUACGGGAUUCAAGAGUUCCACUUACUGCCAUAAACUAGUAGAGUGACAUGGAGAAGGCUUCCUGAUAUUAGAAGGGAAUGCUUGUACAGUAUACGAGCUUGAUUGAUUAUUGUAUUGAAUUCAAUUUGAGUUCUCAUUAUACAAGGUUAGGGAGAGAGGUGCGCGCUAUUUAUUUGUGUGAUAUAUCUAUUUGUAAGUUUGAGGAAUUGUAUCAGAUUUUUUUGUAGAGAGUUUCACCUCUGUGAAAUGGCCUCCCUGUUAGGGGAUCAUGCAUGCCUUCAAGUA